AUGGCUGCCGCCGAUGUUCGCGAGAUGCUCAACUUGCCCGCGGAGGGCCACCCGCGACCACAUAAGAAGCAGAAGGUUGUGGAAAAGAGACCAGAGGGUAUCACCCGUGAGCUCUUCGCUUUAUUAGGAGAACGAGCACCCCCGAUCGCAGUCAACGAGAACCGUUAUAAGGGUCGCCCCAAAUGGCUGACCAAGGCCCGCGCGAAAUCAUGGCGGAUGACUCCCUUCACGAACGGGGCGCGUUCCGAUGACCUGGUUCUAUCACAUUGGAAGAGAGAACCGACUCCGGAAGACAGUAUGGCAACCGAGGGCGACCAAGCGAAAGAAGAGCAGGUAGCCACCAAGCCUGCUGAACAGGAAUAUGGCUUUGCAAAAUAUAAUAUCAAAGCUCGCGUUCCGAACCGAUAUACCACUGACGAGUACAAUCGUCAUUUAAAAAGCGACGAGUGGUCGCGUGAGGAGACUGACUAUUUGAUGGAUCUGGUCGAGGAAUACGACCUUCGCUGGGUGGUUAUUGCUGAUCGAUACGACUUCCAACAGCAACCCGUCGAGAAUACAGAAAAUUCCACAGCGCUGGUGCCCAGCAAACGAUACAGAACCAUGGAGCAACUCAAAGCCCGUUAUUACUUCAUUGCUGCCUCAAUGCUUGCCCUCGAACACCCGCCAUCAGAAAUGUCCGAAGCCGAAUUCGAUCUACACGAGAAAAUGAUCAAGUUUGAUGCUGAGAGGGAACGACAUCGCAAGGAACUCGCUGCUCUCCAGCUCAACCGCACAGCCGACGAAGUCCGGGAGGAAUCCAUCCUACUCGAGGAACUCAAACGCAUCACCGCCAAUGAGCAAGAAUUCAUCACCGAACGCAGAGAGCUUUACUCCCGCCUUGACGCCCCUAUCAGCGUCGGCAACGCCACAAACUACCACAACAGCCAAGGCUUAUCCCACCUUCUCCAAACCCUCCUGCAAGCAGACAAGAGCAAGAAACGCCGCUCGCUUCUCGGCCCCGAAGGCAUCGUUCCUACCCCUGGCGGCCAAACACCUAUCAAUAAUGCCCCCGGCAGCGCUCGCGACAGCAGCAGGGCAGAUACCCCCAACGCAGGCCCCUCGCAGCUACCAACGAACAAAAAGGCUGCCGCCGCCGCCUCAGCGGCAAACAAAGAAGCGGCUCAACAAGCAAUAAGAAUCCUCACGCCCGCCGAAGAAGCCCGAUACGGUGUCCAGCACCACGACCGCAUAGCACCCGGCGUCCAAUUCCGCAGUGACCGGGCGCAGAAACUAACGCAAGCUAAGUCUCACGUUCAGACCCAAAAGCUUGCCUCCGCGCUUGCGGAACUCGAAAUCCCUCUUCGCCUCGUAAUGCCCACAGAGCGUGUUGUCAAGGACUUCGAGAAACUCAUCCACUCCGUGAACCUGCUCCUCGAUGCGCGCAAGGUCUCUGAAAAGGUUGAGAGUGAAAUUCGCGUCCUUGAGUCCGCUAGAGAGGAGCGGGAGCGGAAGGCGCGAGAAGUACGCGAGAAGGACAAACCUGAGGUCAAAUCGGAGCAGCAGGAUGACGAUGGCGGCGAGAUAGCUCCAGCUGCCUCCAAUUCUGCAGCCUUCCAAGCGAAUCAGGCAGCUGAAAGCCAGACGGAUGCGAAUAUUUCCUCGACCCCCGCCAAUGGCUCUGACGGCGGAGGCACAUCUGGGGCUGGAGAUGGUGUUUCGCAUAAGCGAUCUGCUAGCGUGCUAAGCAAUGCGAGCGAUAAGAGCGUCAAGCGUCAAAGAAAGUGA